AUGCAAUCAGAAAUGAUGCGAAAUGACACUACAGUUUCACAAUUCAUCUUGGUGGGAUUCCAAGAACAGCUAGAUCUGCAGCUGGGUCUGUCUUUUCUCUUCUUGCUGCUCUAUGUUAUCACCGUGGUGGGGAAUGUUGGAAUGAUCACCUUAACCACUGCUGAUGCCCAACUUCACACCCCAAUGUACUUCUUCCUGAAAAACUUAUCGUUCCUGGAUAUCUGCUAUUCUUCAGUCAUCACUCCUAAGGCCAUGGUCAGCUUUGCAACUGGGAACAGAGCCAUUUCCUACAAUGGAUGUGCCACACAAAUGUUCUUCUUCUCUCUUUUGGGGACCACAGAGUGCUUUUUCCUUGCAGCAAUGGCAUAUGAUCGGUUCAUUGCUGUCUGCAACCCACUACUCUACCAUGCCAGUAUGUCCAAGAAGACUUCUAUCUCUCUGGUGGCUGCCUCUUACCUUUUUGGCUUCCUCAAUUGCUCCACACAGACUGGCCUCACUUUUAGCUUGUCCUUUUGUGAGCCUGGUGAGAUCAACCAGUUCUUCUGUGAUGUCCCAGCUGUCAUGAAGGCCUCUUGCUCAGAUACCUUUGUAAAUGAAAUUGCACUCCUAGUGAUGUGUGGGCUUAUUAUAGUUAUAACUUCCACAAUUGUCCUAAUUUCCUACAGUUACAUUGUGGCCACAAUCCUGCGUAUGCCCUCUGUGGAGGGGAGACGCAAAGCCUUCUCAACCUGCACCUCUCAUAUCAUGGCUGUCAGCUUAUUCUUUGGGACAGCUUUCUUUAUGUAUGGCCAACCUGGGUCCAUCUCUUCUCCUAACCAAGGCAAAGUGGUGUCUGUUUUCUACACCAUUGUAAUCCCCAUGUUAAACCCAUUCAUCUACAGCCUAAGAAAUAAGGAGGUUAAAGAUGCUUUGCAGAGACAAAUAAGAAGAAUUACUUCAUCCUAUUAA